AUGGAAAGAGACUUCGAGCAUUAUUCCUUUUCGAGGCGGAGCUGUACGACUAAAUUACAAGUAUGCUUCUUGACUGGUCGCUGUCAAUUCGUCUAUUCGGUUUAUCUAUAUUAUCUAUCUAUCUAUCUAUCUAUCUAUCUAUCUAUCUAUCUAUAUCGAUCUGUUCAAAUCUAUCUAUCUAUCUAUCUAUGUCUGUUCAAAUCUAUCUAUCUAUGUCUGUUCAAAUUAUCCAUCUAUCUAUCUAUCUAUCUAUCUAUCUAUCUGAAUCUAUCUAUCAUCCAUAUAUCUAUCUAUCUAUCUAUCUAUCUAUCUAUCUAUCUAUCCAUGUAUGUUCAACCCUAUCUAUCUCAUCUAUCUAUCUAUCUAUCUAUUCUAUGUCUGUUCAAAUCUAUCUAUCUAUCUAUCUAUCUAUCUAUCUAUCUAUCUAUCUAUGUCUGUUCAAAUCUAUCUAUUCAUCUAUCUAUCUAUCUAUCUAGGUCUGUUCAAAUCUAUCUAUCUAUAUCUAUCUCAUCUAUCUAUCUAUCAAAUCUAUCUAUCUGUUCAAAUCUAUCUAUCUAUCUAUCUAUCUAUGAGGUCUGUUCAAAUCCAUCUAUCUAUCUAUCUAUCUAUGAAGGUCUGUCUGUUCAAUCUAUCUAUUCAUCUGUAUUCAUCUAUGUAUCUAUCCUAUCUAUUCAAUCUAUCUAUCUAUCUAUCUAUCUAGGUCUGUUCAAAUCUAUCUAUCUAUCUAUCUAUCUAUCUAUCUAUCUAGGUCUGUUCAAAUCUAUCUAUCUAUCUAUCUAUGAAGGUCUGUUCAAAUCUAUCUAUCUAUCUAUCUAUCUAUCUAUCUAUGAAGGUCUGUUCAAAUCUAUCUAUCUAUCUAUCUAUCUAGGUCUGUCUGUUCAAAUCUAUCUAUCUAUCUAUCUAGGUCUGUUCAAAUCUAUCUAUCUAUCUAUCUAUCUAUCUAUCUAUAUAUCUAUCUAUCUAUCAAGGUCUGUUCAAACUUAUCUAUCUAUCUAUCUAUCUAUCUAUCUAUCUAUCUAUCUAUCUAGGUCUGUUCAAAUCUAUCUAUCUAUCUAUCUAGGUCUGUUCAAAUCUAUCCCAUUCAUUCAUUCUAGGUCUGUUUCAAAAUCUAUCUAUCUAUAUUCUAUCUAUCUAUCUAUCUAUCUAUCUAGGUCUGUUCAAAUCUAUCUAUCUAUCUAUCUAUCUAUCUAUCUAUCUAUCUAUCUAGAGCGGGUAAUUGUUUAUGAGAUGGAUUUUUCUGUCACCUGUCAGCCUGAAGAUAUACUUAUCUCGGCCAUUUCUCUAAGAAUAUCUAUCUAUCUAUCUAUCUAUCUAUCUAUCUAUCUAUCUAUCAGUUUUUCGUUACAUACUGAUGUUUUAGCAAUGUGUAGAUAUAACAUUUUAUCUAAUUGUCGAUCUCAUUCUUUUAAUCUAUUAUCUAUCUUUUGGAUCUAUCCCAUUCUGUUCAUAUAUACUGGUUUUCACAAUCUAUCUAUCUUUAUGUUGAAAAUACCGAUUAGUAGAUAUCUCUAUUCUUUUCAAUUGUAUCUAUCUAUUCAUAUUCAUCUAUCUAUCUAUCUAUCUAUCUAUCCCAUUCUGUUCAUAUACAUUCAUUAUUCUAUCUAUCUAUCUAUCAUUCAUCUAUUCUGUUCAUAUUCAUCUAUCUAUUCAUAUCUAUCAUCUAUAUCUAUUAUCUCUAUUCUUUCAUUCCAUUCAAUUAUCUAUCUCAUCAUCUGUCAUCAUCUAUCCCAUUCUGUUCAUAUCUAUUCAUCUAUCUAUCUAUCCCAUUCUGUUUAUAUUCAUCUAUCUAUCUAUUCAUCUAUCUAUCUAUCUAUUCAUCUAUCUAUCCCAUUCUGUUCAUAUCUAUUCAUUCAUCUAUCUAUUCAUCUAUCUAUUCAUUCAUUCCAUCCCAUUCUGUUCAUAUCUAUCUAUCUAUCUAUCAUAUAUUCAUCUAAUUUGUUCAUAUUCAUCUAUCUAUUAUUCAUCUAUCUUCUUUGCCAUUUCAUUUGA